AUGGAGCCGGGCUUGAAUCGCAGCGAUUGCCAUUCCCUGGCACUUGCGUUCGUACCUUGUCAUCGACACGAGCUGCAAGGAUUCGCGAAUCGUGGCCUGAACCUGGUGGAGCCUGUUGCGAUGCGGCAAACGGCCUACGGGGGCCUUGAGGAGAACAGGCCUGUCAAGCGUGCUCUCCGUUCAUUUUCAUCCUUCAAUUCUGAUUUUGUGCAUCUCCAAAUGGGCUUUCCAAGCUCCCUCAAUCUAGGGGCGUUGCCCACAAACGUGGGCCUCGCUAUCCUUGGAACGAUUUUUGCAGCAUUGCUCUCGAGAAUCUUUUACUGCCAGUAUCUGCAUCCUCUUUCCAAGUUUCCGGGACCAUGGUGGUUGACUUCGUUCUCCCUGACCGGCGCUCUUAUCUCUGUCAUGCGGAAGGAGCCCGAAUUCUUCAUGUACUUGGUAAAAAAAUAUGGCACUGACCGUCCAAUCCGCAUCUCACCUACAAUGCUCCUAUUCCCUCGCCCUUCAGCCCUGAAAGACAUAUACUGGGACCCGAAGUGCAACACCAAGAGCGGACUGUACGGUACCGGUGCCUUGGGGCCCCCACAUCUGUUCUCUACGCUUGAUGGCGAGGAGCAUAAGCAGCUUCGCAAGGCAUUGGCGAAUGCUCCAUGGACAAUCGGUCAAUUGAAGAACACAUGGGAGAAGCGAUUCGAUGACCAGGUCAAUCUUUUCGUGCAGAAGAUGAGGGAACAUGCGACUGCGAAUAGAGUCGUCUGCCUGUCUGACAAGGUAGCUGAGUUUGCGGCUGAUAUCAUGAGCAUGAUCUCUUUCACGAAUGCGUUCGGGUGCGUCAAGAAUCAGCGGGAUGAGAAGCAAAUCCUCACCAACUGGCGCAAGGGGCUCGACUUUUUCGGUUUCGUGGGCCGCUUUCGCUUCUUCAGGGAACGGAUCUUGAAGCUCCCUGUUGUGGGCAUGUGGUUCCUUCCCUCCAUGUCGAAUGAAUCCGGUAUGGGUUGGUUGAUGUGCGAAGCAGAUCGUCAGGUCUCAACGCGCGAGAAGGAGAACGAGGAGAAGCCGUUUGACGGAAAGCCAGACUUCAUGCAGUACUGCCUCGAUGCUCGCUUCUCCGACGGUUCAACCCUGAAUGCAGUCCAAAAGCGUGCCCAUGUCACUCUCCUUAUCCAGGCCGGCGCUGACACCACUGGCACCGCUCUUGGCUCUAUCCUGCGCUUCCUCGUAACCAACAAGUCUGCCUACGCACGCGCCCAGGCCGAAAUCGAUGCGGCAGCCAAAGCCGGUCUCCUGUCUGACCCCAUUCAGUACGAAGAAACACGCCAACACCUACCAUACUUUGUUGGUUGCAUUAAAGAAGGCCUGCGUCUAAAUCCGCCUGCGACCAAUCUCUUCGCAAGGAUUGCACCUAAGGGCGGCAAGGUCAUUGAUGGCGUGUAUGUGCCUGAGGGUACGGAGAUUACGAGCCAUGCGUACACGACGCAACGCAUUAAGGAAAUUUAUGGGGAGGAUGCUGAGUCUUUCCGUCCUGAGCGGUGGCUUGAAAGUGAAAAGAAGAGUCUCGAGUUUGAGGCUGCGCAGUUUACUUUUGGAGUCGGGCCAAGGGUUUGCUUGGGCAAGGACAUUGCUACUAUGGAGCUGUACAAGUUGUUGCCUGAGAUCUUUCGACGCUUCGAUAUUGAGCUUGUGGAGCCAGGUGAGUAUGUGGUCGCUGGUGGAGUUGCAUAUAAUCACGGCUUUUUGGGUCGCUUCAUUGAGAGAGACAGCGCGAAUGGGCAGGUCAAUGGCAACGCUUAA